UGGACAGCAGGGAUGUUUACUUGGUUACGUGCAGACGUCAAAGCGCAUUCAUCAUAUCCCAGCAUGCACCAGGAGGCCGUCGAGAGAUCCAGCAGCUGGUAGUGAGUUGCUAGAGCGCCCAUCAGGCAGCAGCCAACGGUCAACACAGCACACACAUUUCCCACUCGAUGAGAGAAAAACUGAGCCGUCUACCUUACGGGCGACAGAAAAACAUGCUGUUCGGACGCCUGUCGUGUUAUAGCAACGGCUUUUGAGUCAUCAUUGUCACCCGGUUUUCAUUUUGGAGGAUUCCUCCCUCCAUCCUCCGGAUCGCACCGAACAGGCAAUGACAACGGUCUCAGCAACCCCGCAGCAUUUGAGGGACCGGCUGCUGCAGGCCAUCGACACUAACAGCAAUAUAAGCAAUAUGGUGGCUGUAUUGGAGGUCAUUUCCUGUCUUGAAAAAUAUCCCAUCACCAAAGAAGCACUUGAGGAAACCCGACUAGGAAAAUUGAUCAAUGAUGUAAGGAAGAAGACCAAGAAUGAAGACCUUGCUAAGCGUGCUAAAAAACUCUUAAGGGCCUGGCAAAAGCUGAUCGAACCCGGGCCAGCUGUGGCUGCCAGUGCCCCUGGGUCUACCAAUGGCAGUUCUCAUCCCUGCAGAAUGGAUGCCUCCCCUCUUGACAUUUCUGUGUCAGGGAAGGGUGUCCCUGAAGUCAAAAUCCGAAACGAUGUUCACAACACAUACUCACCAAAAGCUGAGAAAUCAAGCAGCCGCAAACGCCGAGCGGAGCACAGAGACAUUGGAGUGCACUUGCCAGAAAAAAUCUCCAAGAUGUCUUCGUUUGAUAACUCUGUUUCCCCACCACUCACCAAUGGGAUUACAGGCAGUCCUGAUGUCAUGCCUGACCAGCAAGUUGUCCUUUCUCCUGACAGAUCCCGCAUAGAGCACCUUGAUAAUGAUAAAAUCAACAGAAUUCCAGUUAAUGCUGUCAAGCCGCGCCCCAGCUCCCCUGGAGUUGCCAAAGUACCUAGCACUUCCUCUAUGAUCAAGGUUGCUGUGAUGCAGCAACAGGCCAGAUUGGAUGAAGGAGGUGGAGGAGCAGGGUUUUAUCAACCCAAAAGUCCACGAGGCCUCACUACCAGUCCGAGGAGCCUGAAGCAAGACACGUUGACCAAGCGCUCUUCAGCAUAUGCACCUAAAGGAACACCUAUCCCAAGCCCUUCUUCUAGGGACUCUAACUUUUCUUUGGCCCAGUCUGUAUCCUCCCCAGCUCAAGCAUCUUACGCUGACAAACUGCCAAAUACUUCUCAUAGGUCUUCAAUGCACUGGGUCAGUUUGUCAGAAGUCCCAUCUCAUUGCCCACCACAAGACAUAUCCGCAACACUGGAAUCCCCAUCAGUCUCCCCUUCACCCUCUCAACCCCAACACAACGCAGAACUACAAAGACCGAUAUCUGAGGGAGCCAUGUCUCUGUCUGAUGAUACAGAAGCGACAACAGUUCCCAACUCGGAGCAUAAAAGGAGGAAGUACAGGUCAAGAGACUACUCUGUCAACUUAGAUGGCCAGAAAAUAGAGGACACGACUAAACCUGUACGAUUAAAAGAACGCAGAUUAACAUUUGACCCUGUCACAGGUCAGAUUAAACACCUGGUACAUAAAGAAACUUCUCAAACAGAGGAAGCCCCCACUCCUGACCCCGCUGAGUCCAGGCAGAGAACUGAAAGCACUGUACAACAGCCCGCUGUCCCUAUCCCAGUCCCAGUCCUGGCCCAAACCCCAACCCCGGCCCCAGCCCCAGGUCCCAACCCCAACCCUUUCCAUCAAACAAACUGGAAGGAGCUGUCCAGAAAUGAAAUCAUCCAGUCCUACUUGAACCUUCAGAGUAAUAUGCUCACCUCCUCUGGUGUCCAGGCCCCUAGUGCACACUUCUUUAUGUCAGAGUAUCUGAAAAGAGAAGAACAGGAGAUCAAGGACUCACGUAAGAGACAUGUUCUUCAGAAGGAUAGCCAAGUAGGUGAUUUACCGGGCUUGAGCCGGGAGGUGACGGACGGGGACCUGGACAAAAUACACACACAGCACUGGCCGGGGGUUAACGGUUGUUAUGACACAGAGGGCACCUGGUAUGAUUGGACAGAGUGCAUAUCAUUGGACCCUCAUGGGGAUGAAAGCAAAUUGAACAUCCUGCCAUAUAUUUGCCUAGACUGAGGGGUUUGGGAAAGUUGCUGUCCUUUUCCACUCCUUAAGUCGUCUCCCCACAGAGACAAGAUACUUUGUAUUUGUCCACUGUGAGUUCGGCUAAGGCCAGGUUUGCAAAACUCCCUCCCCCUGCCUCCUACUCUUUUUGUGUUAUUCUAAUGAGAUGUUGCUAAGAGUAAAGAUUAAAAAAAAUAGUUGAGUUUGUAAUACCAAGGGCUGUUUCUGUUUUAUUUUUCAAACUGAAAGCCACAGGAAUGAGGAGGCCCUAAUUGGAGAAUGCUGCUAUUGACACUGAAGGCUAGAAGUAGAGGAUGGACUUAUCCCAGACAGUUUUGACAAUUUAUGAUGAUCUGAAUUGUACCUCUAUUUCAUGCUCACUGGGACGAUACCGUUUUCUUUUCUUACCUUGUAGUUUCUAAUGAGGAGUUCAAAUCUAGGGUUAAAUUUGAGGGAAGGCUGGGGUUUAGCUGUCCUGUCCAGACCGCCAUGUUGCUGCCCAGAAAGGUGUUGAUAAAUCUAGCACAAGUAGAGCCGAACAUGUCCAGACAAUGAAAUACUGGAUCGUAAUAGGUCGUUACAAGAAGCUUUAUGUGAGAUAAAAAGAGUAAAUUAUAAAUUCCUUAUCAUGUAUACAUCUAUUUAUUUUGACCAGGUAAUUUAUGGGAAGUUCUUAAACUGAUCUGGUUGUUUUCUUUUGUUUUUAUCACUGUUUGCAUCACAAUGCUGUCAGUCUAAUCUUCAAUAUUGAAGGGCAUACACAUGUCUUUGCAUGGUCUUUCUUUAAGACUGGCCAAUGCGUUUGGUCAUUUACAUUCCAUACUCCAUCCUUCACCCACUUAAGCUCUUUCUGUCUCAUCACACAGCUCCUGUCUGCCCAUCUCAUUGCAACUCAAGAUUUUCUUUUUUUUUUUUUCAGAAACUUCUUUUGGAUUUUAAAAAUGGUUUCAUCAAAAAUAGUGUGGUGCUAAUUUAAAGUUAAUUCACCUAAAGUUUAAAACAAUUCGUGCCCCACACUAAUUCUCUCCCAGGCAUAGAAUAUAGAAGACUGUCAAAUCAGAUGGUGCUGAUCAAUAAUUGCACUUUUAGAGACAAAAACAUAGAAAUGUUUGAAUACUGGGACUUGCUUUGUGUCCUUUUCCUUAGAUAAUGUUGGCCUUCUGGAAUUCCAUCACAAUAUUGUUCAGAGUUAAAUUGCCUUAGUGAGUGUACAGGAUCGAGAUCUCUAAUGCACUUGUUCAGAAAUUGACAACUUGUUGAUCAUUUCUUCACUGACUUAAUUCAUAUAGUGACUGAUGCUCCCGCAAUCUAUGUGCCCGCAGUUUAUUCCGUUUAAGAUGCAUUCGUUGUUUUUGCAGCUGCUUUUGAGAGUUUAGAAAGUAUUUAGUUUGAGGAGCAUUUAUUUUGCUUCUGUUUUUCAAGGCAGCAAAAGGAGAGAGAGAGAGAGAGAGAGAAAUCUGUGUGCAUCGGAUGUUUUUGGCAUUUUCCAUGUGACAUCUAAUACUUAAAAUGUAUUUCCCUUUAUACUCACAAACUACUACCAACUUUUCUCCCAACUUAAACUGAGAUUGGCUUCUGCGCAGCCUCUUUUCAUUUGUUCUUUCAGUCAUUCAUCCCUACCAAUGUGCCUUGGUAAAUGGUUAAUCUGGAUUUGCUUCAGAAUAAAAA